CUCGCCUCUCGCGAGACUGGCAGUUACAUUUGAAAACAGGCGGCAGGACGCAGAAACGACUCGAGUUGUCAACAGAGCAAGAGAGAAAAGAUGACUGGAGAAAGUGAGUUGGCGAUAAAAGAGGCGUUUCAACGCGCUCAGAAAGGACACAACAACAAGGCUAAACUGGUGGCCAGUCUCAAGAACGCAUACAACAAGUUAGAGGACAAGACAUUGUUCCACGAGGAGUUUAUCCAGUACCUGAAACAUGCCAUGAUCGUGUACAAGAGAGAACCGGCCGUGGAAAACGUGAUCGAGUUCGUCUCCAAAUUCUCCACCAGCUUCCAUACGCCUUCCGCCGAGGGAGGGGAGGAGGAGGAUGAAGAAGAGGACGAGAACCCCUUCCUCAGUUACAUGUUCAACUUCCUGUUGGAGUCCCACAAGGCCAACAGCCACGCGGUGAGGUUCCGUGUGUGUCAGCUGAUCAACAAGUUGCUAGGCAACAUGGCGGAGAACGCCCAGAUCGACGAUGACCUGUUUGACAGUAUCCACCAGGCCAUGUUGGUCCGAGUCACGGACAAGUUCCCCAACGUCAGGAUCCAGGCCUCUCUGGCCAUGGCCCGACUACAAGAACCACAGAACCACCAAUGUCCCACUGUUAAUGCCUAUCUGUUGAUCUUGGAGAAUGAUUCCAACCCUGAGGUUCGUCGAGCCGUUCUGUCCUGCAUCGCCCCCUCCUCUCUCACCCUCCCCAAGAUCCUGAAACGCACCAGGGACGUCAAGGAGAGUGUCCGCAAACUGGCUUACCAGGUCCUGUCAGACAAGGUCCACAUCAGAGCUCUGAGUAUCGCCCAGAGAGUCAGUCUGCUGCAGCAGGGUCUCCACGAUGCCGCAGAAUCGGUGAGGGAGGUGGUGCAGAUCCGUCUCCUCCCAGCCUGGCUGAAUCUUCUCCAGGGUGAUGUGCUGGAGCUGUUACACAAACUGGAUGUAGAGAACUGCUCUCAGACCGCCCUGGACACACUGACCGCUCUGUUCACACACACACCUCAGGACCAGCUGCUCCACCACCGCCUUCAGCUGGACGACAGGAUGCUGGUCCCGGCUGGGUCUCUGUCCUGUGAGAGCGUGUUGUACUGGAGGGCUCUGUGUGAGUUCGUUAAGACUAAAGGGGAUGAAGGAGAGGAGAUGUUGGAGAAGCUGCUGCCCGAGGCUGCUACCUUCGCUGAGUACCUCUACGGGUAUGUGAAGUGUGUCCCGGUGUUGUCUGAAGAGCUGAAAGGAGACUUUGCUCAGCUGGAGCUGGUCAUGACUAAAGAGUUCAUCUCUCAACAACUCAUCCACCUCACCGGCUGUCUGGAUACCAAUGAAGAGGGAGGAAGGAAGCGUGUGGUGGCUGUGUUACAGGAGAUGCUGGUCCUACCUCAGACUCCUCCCUCUCUGGUCUCUCUGCUGACGGAGAAACUACUGACCCUGAUACCUGACGACCACAGACGCGUUCAGACCGUGGCGGAGGUGAUCUCGGAGGUGCGUGAGCCCAUCGUCAUCAGACAGCCGCUGGAUGAGAACGAGAACCGCAAGAAACAAGUGAAGCUAGCGGAGGUGAAAGUUGGUAUCCUAGAAGCGAAACAGGCCUUAGAGGAUUGUAUCAGUAACCAGGAGUUCAACAGAGCAGCGGAGCUGAAGGACUCUAUAACUGACCUGGAGAACCUGAGGAACAACAUCCUGCAGGAGGAGACCACACAGCAGGACGACAAGGAGACAGAGACACGCAUGGAGAAGACGGACCCAGAGACUCUCCUGCGCUGUCUGACCAUGUGUGUUGAGCUGCUGAAACAGAUGAACAUCAAGACGAGGAUCGGUCCCACCAUGUCAGCUCUCCUCUCCUCUCUGAUCCUGCCCAGUAUAUCCAACGCCCAGCCAGCGGUGAGGAACAUGGCAGUCGUGUGUUUGGGGACGUGUGCUCUGCACAGCAAAGACCUGGUCAACACACAUCUGGUGCUGCUGCUGCAGAUCGCCCAGCUCGAUGAGGUAUAGACCCUCUCUGUCUCU